UAGUUUUCUGCUGGAGGAGACAAGCUAUGGUUGUUUGCUUGCUCCUUAGUACAAUAGGGCCACCGAUCAAAAGAAGAGCGGGUUUGAGGAUUAAACAAGCGGGUAGAGGUUCAUACAGAGGAAGCUAGUUGUGUGUUUGCCUUUUGUGUUUCUUCUUUAUUUUGCAAAGUCCUGAAAAAGUAGACAAGAUGGAAGCCACUUCUAUAACGCAGUUGUUGAAGGGCUUUUGUGAUAAUACACAAUGGGAAUAUGCUUUUUUUUGGAAGCUUAGCCACCAUUUUCCAAUGACUUUGACCUGGGAAAAUGGUUACCAGAAAAGAAAUGAGGCUGUUGAAAGUAUUUGGGGUGACAUCAAUUUCAAAUCUCCAGAUGAUGUAUAUUCCUCAAGCGGCGAAAGCACUGAUGAUUCGGGAGAUUAUUCAGCUCGACUACUCAUGAAUGAAAUGUCUCAUCUUAAAUACUGUUUGGGAGAAGGGGUUGUUGGCAAAGUAGCUCUUGCAGAGGAUCAUUGUUGGGUUUUCUGUGAGGAUAUGCUCACCAAUAAAUUUGACACUGAUUUAAUCCCUGAGUGUCCUGAUGAGUGGCUUCUUCAAUUUGCAUCUGGCAUCAAGACUAUUGUGCUGGUACCAGUUCUUCCACAAGGGGUUUUGCAAUUUGGUUCAUUUGAAGCGGUUGCUGAAGACAUGAAACUUGUUACCAAUAUCAAGGAGAAAUUCCAUUCCAUUCAUUGUAUGGAAGCAAAUACUACACCUUUGAACAUGGGAACUGAUGAUCAAGAUUGGUCAUUCUCAGCACUAACCCAUAAUCUGAUGCAUUGCUUGGACGAAUCAUCUUCUAUUGCAAAUAGUGUAUUGAAAGGUGAGGUUUCAGCUAGCACUGCACUCAAUGCAAAGGGAUCAACAAGGUUGAACCCAACAAUGAUAUCAUUUAUUCAGGAUGAGUGUAGCAUGUCCGGAAAAAAUCAGCAAAAAUCCCUCAAAAGAGCAAAUGAAAAUGAGACCAGUUCCUCAUCAAUUGAGAUGUCAAUUGAUCCAAGACAUAUUGGUCAGAUGGAGACAAAUGCAAAUCAUAUGGAAGAAGAGAUAUGGACCAUGUCUCAUUCAGUCAACAAUGAUGGAGUGUUUGGAGAGAUGUCAAAUGGAUUAGGCUCUUGCUUUGGUAAAAAUAUGACUCAACAACAAUUUGGAGGCAUUGAAACUUGUCAUGAUGAUACAAAUUGGAAAGACUUCUUCACUUUUCCCUCAGAGUCUGAAUUGCACAAAGCACUUGGAUCAGUUGCAUUUGAACAGACAGGCAAUUCUAUGUCACAUACAAACAGUAGCUCAACUUUGAAUUUCAAUAGAAAAGGGCAUGAUUAUAUUAAAGGUAUGGAGUUUCCCAAAGAAGCUGAUCCAGAAAAUCUUUUGGAUGCUGUUAUUAGCAAUUUAUGCAGUGCCUCGGAUGAUACUUCAAGUAUAUCCAAUUCUAUUAGGUCUCCUAUGAUAGAGUUUACUGGAUUCAUUCGACCAAAAGUUAAUUUUGAAGAAAGCUCUUUGAUUGUGAACGCGAGAAGUGAUAUUAUGCCUGCAGUUAUGGUCAAGGGCAGAGAUGAAGUUACUAACCGUUUUACAUCAACAUCUUUUGAUGGGAAUUCAAGCUUAUUGUUUGAUGAGGAAUGGCAGGAAAAAAUUGAUAGUCAUAUGCAGCCUAUUAGGGGACCAAAGCUCUCUAGCACAAGCAAGAAAAGAGCAAGAGUUGGUAAUAGCCAAAACUCAAGGCCAAGAGAUAGACAAAUGAUCAUGGACAGGAUGAAGGAGUUGAGGGAACUUGUCCCAGAUGGUGGUAAGGGUAGCAUUGACAACCUAUUGGAACGGACCAUAAAGCACAUGAUGUACUUGAGAAAGAUAACAAGCCAGGCUGAGAAACUGAAACAAUUUUCACAUUGUGAGGUUUCUGAGUGCAAAAAACAGAAAAUCAAUGGAGGCCAUCCAGGAAGGACAUGUGCAUUUGACUUUGAUAAUGAACUAGCAUUGCCCAUAGUCAUAGAAGAUCUGGAAUGUCCAGGGCACAUGCUCAUAAAGAUGAUAUGCAAUGAGCAUGGACUUUUCUUGGAAAUUGCUCAGGUGAUCCGAAAGCUUGACCUUACCAUCUUGAAAGGGACUUUAGAAAACCAUCCAAGCACCAGCUGGGCUUGUUUCAUCGUUGAGGUUCCAAGAGGUUUUCACAGAAUGGAUGUUUUAUGGCAUUUACUGCAUCUUCCGCAGCUUAGAAGAAACCUUAUCUCGUGUAAAAGCUGACCCUUCCAUCCUUAUAUCAAGAAAAUGUAACCUGUCUUCAGUUUCAAAAGGCAAAGGGCAUGUUUUAUCCUUGCAAGUUCUAUGUAUAAGGGUGACAAGUGUCUAUUAGUGCAAGUGAUUGUAUAUACACCCUCGUUAGUGUUCUUGCAGCAUUCUGAUGUUGAUGAUAAGCAAGUACCUGAAAAUAUAAGGGGUUUUACUGGCUGUGGACGGGUGACUAGCUACUAGCUUUGUACACAUUUUUGGUGUUACGUUAUAACCUUAGAGAAUAGUAAGUGUUUGCCGGAGAAGUAGAGCCACAUUGUAGGAUAUAUGACUUUGUGAAAGCUAUAUUAAUCGUGAGAUGAUUUUAUCU